AUGCUCAGGCAUCCCAAUUCCCGACAUGAUGAACGCUCCGGAACGGAACAACGCUACCCCUGUCAUGUUUGCGGUAAAAGUUAUUUACGCAAGGGUCACCUGAAGCGGCACAUUAACAACGAAUGCAUUGGCAUCGCACCGAAAUACGUUUGCGACCGCUGUCCAUCACGCUAUAAACGCAGCGAAGAUUUACGAAGACAUCUGCUAAAGGCUCACAACGUUGUGAGGGCUGGGCCAUAUCGCAGCCGAACAAUUGAUGAUUAUAUGGAUGAUAUAAGUACGGCGGCAGGAUAUUAUGAACACAAUCGAUCGUCAUUAUCGUCAGGACCAGGAUUAUCCAUAGCAAAUGUAACAUCGUCGAGCAUGGAGAGACCUUUGUAUGUGAACGAUUUUGAGGCAGCACCACAAUUUAGCAACCACAACAGCAUCAGCGCCAGCAAACAAUUAUCACAACAUCCCACUCAUCAGCCGCAUCAACGAAUUCAUUUUGAUCAAAUGCUGGCCUAUCUGCCGCCCUUUGAUGGCCGUUAUCCCUGCAUGACAUGUGGUCGCAGCUAUUUACGACGUGGCCAUCUGAAACGUCACAUCACCAAGGAAUGUAUUGGGGUGGAACGACAAUUCAAAUGUAAGCUAUGCUCGAUGAGCUAUAAGCGGAACGAUUGCCUGCGACGACAUAUGAUUAGUGUCCACUAUAAGGAUUUGACAAUGUAA